GAACGAUGCGACGUGGUGUGGGCUUCGUGCUAGCGUUCCUGCUGCUCGGCGCCGCCCUCGUGGCCCGCGCAGCCACGAUCGACGUGAUCGAGCUCCCAAGCUCGGUCCUCUCGGUCUUCAGCGACGAAGCUCUGACGUUCGACAUGCAGCGCAUUGAAAAUGCAUUUGCGUUGCCGAACAACAUGUACUCGGUGAUGGCGGCCCGCGUCGUCACCAACCAGCCGCUGCAGACAGUCUGCACCAACUGCUCGAUUGAUGAUGCCUUUCCCGCGCUCGCACUGCCGACACCAGCCUACAUCCUAUCGACCACUUCGACGUGGCUUGGCAUCUUACCUAGUCGCCCCAUUAAUUUGCCCAUCGAGUUGACGGUGCAAAUGAUGACGACAUCGUUCUACACCAAUGCCACACAGCUCUAUCAGCGCAAGUAUACUCUCGACGUACUCACUGUGUCGCGGCCGUCAUGA